GGGCGGUGUGUUUGAAAGCGAGGCCGCCGAGGGUGGGCGCUGUGGGCAGAGCUGGCGGCGCGGAGUGGGCGUCCGCGAGCACGGCGGUCAUGUCGCACAAACAGAUUUACUACUCGGAUAAGUACGACGACGAGGAGUUCGAGUACCGGCAUGUCAUGUUGCCCAAAGACAUAGCCAAGCUGGUCCCCAAAACCCACUUGAUGUCUGAAUCUGAAUGGAGGAAUCUUGGCGUCCAGCAGAGUCAGGGAUGGGUCCAUUAUAUGAUUCAUGAACCAGAACCUCACAUCUUGCUGUUCCGGAGGCCGCUCCCCAAGAAGCCAAAGAAAUGAAGCCUGCAGAUCACUUCGCAGCCGCAGGCGUCACGCAGCUGUCCUCACUCUACCGUCUCCCCAUAGCGAUGACUUCGCUUGCUUGCUUCUCACUUUGGCGUUUCAAGGACGUUCCACGCCCUGCUCGUGCUGUAACUGCUUUGCUGCUUCCCGAGUAGAGCCCCCCCCCCAACACCAGAGCGCCCUGGGGGACAGCCUCGGCUGAGAGACCCCUGGAGCCAGUGUGCUGUCACCAGAUGGAGGCAUCUGAAUGUGACCACGGCUGCUCUGGGGAUUGUGUAAAUGUGCUUUUCUUUUUGUUCUUUCCUGUUGGGUGCUGUAUUUAUGGUGACUUAGAGGUUAUGUUUCAGUGUACUGGAUACUUCCAUUUUAUUUGACAAAUCUGUUACAUGUUACAAGCCUUGAUUAAAGAAGAAGUUUUUAUAAUCCAA